AUGGCACAAUUGCGUUCUACAGUAUGCACAGACGGUCUUAAAAUUUGGAGUCCAUGGUUGAGAGUGGGUGGUUCAACCCAACCAAAGAGCGUCACAAGUUGGUGUUGGAAGCGAAGAUCACCUUCUCAUGCCUUUCGCAGACUAAGGGUUGCAACCGAUGAUUCGCCUGUUGCCGAUGACUAUUAUGCUGUUCUUGGUCUGCUUCCAGAUGCUACGCCAGAGCAGAUUAAGAAAGCAUAUUAUAAUUGCAUGAAAGAAUGUCAUCCAGAUUUGAGUGGAAAUGAUCCCCAAACUAAUAAUUUCUGCAUGUUCAUUAAUGAAGUCUAUGCUGUUUUAAGUGAUCCUGUGCAGCGCAUGGUUUAUGAUGAAAUUCAUGGCUAUGCUUUGACGGCAAUUAAUCCUUUCUUGGAUGAUUCCGCUCCAAGGGAUCUUGCAUUUGUCGAUGAGUUUAGCUGCAUAGGCUGCAAGAAUUGUUGCAAUGUGGCCCCAGAUGUAUUUGGACUUGAGGAAGACUUUGGAAGAGCUAGAGUCUACAGCCAGUGUGGAAACACUGAAUUAGUGCAACAGGCAAUUGAAAGUUGCCCAGUUGAUUGUAUCCAUUGGACUUCUGCAGCACAACUAUCUUUGCUUGAGGAUGAAAUGCGCAGAGUAGAAAGAGUAAAUGUUGCACUGAUGCUUUCAGGAAUGGGAUCCAGGUCAGUAGACGUUUUCAGAAUGGCAAGUUCUCGAUGGGAGAAAAGGCAAGCAAAAGUCUUGGAGAAAGCUAAAAUAAGGAUGAUGAAGCAGAAAGAUUCUGAUGAAAAUGGAUCCUACUGGAGUAACACGUGGGACAAGCCAAAGGAGUAUACAAAUUCAGACGAGGAAGUGAAAGAGAGAGCUAAGAGGGCGGCAGCAGCAGCUAGAAGAUGGAGGGAGUAUUCACGAAAGGGUGUCGAUAAGCCUCCGACAUUGAAACUUCCAGAGACCAUCUCCAAUAAGGGACAAUGAUAUUUAUUCUCCAGCAGAUAAUAGAACUGUGUAAAAUUCAUAUUGUACAAUUCUCACUCAUUUUGUACAUAUGAUUAAAAGAAUCUCAAGCUGAUUAUUAAAUUUAAAACAAUGAUAUGAUUUUACAGUUAAACUA